AUGGCAGUCGAAGGCAGCCGCGGCAAGUGCCUCUACAAGACGGGCAAGUGCGAGAACGAGCGCGCGCUCAAGACCAACGGCCAGCCCCACAACCUCUGUGACAUGCAUCGCCUGCGCCAAAACCAGAACCAGCGCAAACUCGACGGGAAGAACCGCCACAACCGCACCCAGUCGGCGACGUCGUCGUCGGUCUACUACGCAUCGUCGCCGAGCACCGCCAGCUUCCCGUCACCGUCGUCGCACGACUACUCGUAUGCGCACUCGUCGCUGCCCGCUUUGCCGUACCCGCCGUCGCCGCUCUACCCGACCAAGCCCGACACUGCCGCUCUGCUCGACGAUGACAUUACAGUGCGAACACCUUCGUAUCUCAAAGGCGAGGCCCGCGAAGCGUUCCGAUCGCGCGUGCUUCAAAAGCUAGUCAACAUCAUCUCGGAAGAGGUGCUCACGUCGCCGCCAUACCCCAACUAUGACGGCCCCAGAACUACGUACGGCGCCAGUACCAGCAGCUACGCACCGCCAACCAUGAUGUACCACGACCGAGCGACGUCGUACAUGCCACCAGCUAUGUACCCGCCGCCGCCCAUGUAUAUGGAGUCGCGGCCGUACGGCGCAUCGCUUUUUCCCUCCAAGCUACCAGCGCCCACGAGCCUGCCGCCGCUAACGCAGUGCAUUGCAAAAGACAAGGCCGGGACGUCGCCCGUGCACGAGUAG